AUAUACCGCGGUUAAAUGUCUUUAUGCCAAUGUCAAAUGUGAGUAUGCAGAACACUACAAUGUUAGACUGGAGACAGACAGUGGACAUGUGCUGGCAAUCGGAGAACAAAGCGAAACAGUGCUUGAGUGCAUCAAUGGAAGGAAUGGAAUCAAUCCGUCGCUGCAACUUUCCUGUUGAUAUGGGUAGCAAAACUUGUGAUCAACAUGCAACUAUAAGAUACCAUUUCGACGCGGAAACGAUGACUUGUUUACCGUUCAAAUACGCAGGAUGUGGUGGAAAUGCGAACAAUUUCUACUCCAAGUCAGAGUGCACAAACGAGUGUUUGCCAAAAAAAUAUAUUGCGAAUAUGAGACCGGACUGCGGUAACAGAAAAGUCGUGAUGGAACGUGACGGCACAUUCGACACCAUCAUGCUUGGGAAGUCUUGUGACCAUCAGUUCUGUCCGCUAGGCGCCGAAUGUCAUCGUGGCGCAUACUUCGCCUACUGCUGUCACUAG